AUGCUCUCUGGGUCUUCUACUGCGAGGGCUAGUGGCCCACACGCGCGCCAUCUGCUACGACCCUCAGUGUCUCGCGCUGGUGGCUUGCGACGAGCUUGCGGAACUGCGGACUCAUCAUCGUCGCGACGAAUUCGACGCAAUGCACCACAACGGUCGAUUUCAACCAACCCAAUCCGUCCGAGAUACAGUGCACCUCUACCUAAGCCCGUGUCAUUACAAUGGAUUCCUGGACAAAGACAGUCGUCUACCGCUGCAGCGCCCUCCGAUUCACCAACGGAUACCGACACCAUUGAGGCUAUCAACGUCUUGAUCGAGCGCAUCAACGAAAACGAUGAUGAUAUGGCAAAGCUGAUGGAAGAACUGGAGUUGAUAGAGGGCGACGAAUUUGUGGAGGAACUCCCCGAUCCUCUCGAGGGCCAAGAGUAUACACCGGAGGCGUGGGUGGAAAUGGUACGACGGCAGUUCGGAGACGCAAUUCCCGACGGUGUCCUAAAUGACGAGGAACUCCAACUUUUCACUCGACUUUAUGGAGAGCCGAUCAUCCAAGAAAUCGUCGAAGAAGCUGCCGCGGAGGAAGACGAGAAGGAACGCGAUCGCUUGUUCCGCGAGGAUAAACAGGGCCAAUGGGAAGAAAUCGAGUACGAGCAGACCGCGGAGGCCGAAGACGACAUCGCAGUUGUCUACGAUAUGGAAGCAGGCGCUGAGGAGGUUGAGACAAUCGCGAUGAGACGCACACGCGAGGUGGCCGAGCAGCUGGGUGGUGAGAUCAUGCUGGAGCAAUUUGAGAAUGAAGCCGUCCCGGAUUCUGCGCCCCGGGCUCAUCCUCUGACCCGGCAAGGCAAAUUCGCGACCGACCCCAGUACUAUUCAUCUGCCGAAGAAUACUGUCACGGGGCCCAUCUCUGUCAUACUAUCGGAUUUCUCCAACAAACAUAUCUCUGAUACUGCUCGCCGGUUGUUUGGAGGGCCAGGAUUGCCUCAUUCUACAACGACACCGCCUCCACGCGCGCAGCUGCCGCAGCUGCCAAUCCCUCUCCAUGCCUCGCAGCACCAUAUGGCUGAGAUGGAAGCCAAUGCCUACAUUGCGGCUCUUUACCCAGGAAUCUAUGCCUCAACGCUGAGCGUUCUGGUCGAGGUUCGGAAACGCAUGGGAACCGAUUGGAUUCGUCAGCUCAUCUCUCAAGAGGGCGGCCCUAAUGUUCUCGAUGCAAGUGGAGGCGGUGCUGGCAUAUUGGCCUGGAGAGAUGUUGUCCGUGCUGAAUAUGAACUCAUGGUCCCAGACCAUCCAGAGGGAGCUCCUAUUCCUUAUGGACGCUCGACAGUCCUGACAGGUUCCAACACGCUGCGACUGCGCGCAAGUGCAAUUCUUGACAACACCACCUUCCUUCCCCGGUUACCUGACUACAUUCAUGUGCGUGAGAAGCCAACGCUAGAUGACACUCGUGCCGUCCAGAAGCGUAAGCAGUACGAUAUUAUCAUCGCACCUCACACUCUUCUUGGAUUCGACGAGGAAUAUCAGCGAAAGGAGCAUGUCCAGAAUCUCUGGGCGCUCCUAAACCCUAACGGUGGUGUUCUCAUCCUUCUCGAAAAGGGCCGUCAAAAGGGUUUCGAAGCGAUUGCUGGCGCCCGUGAAAUGCUUCUCAAGCGCCAUAUCGCAAGCCCAGGCUCAACGGAGUAUGACAAUACCUUUGACUCUUUUGAUGAAUCCACAAAGAUCCCCAAGGAACCCGGUAUGAUCAUCGCUCCCUGCACAAACCACUCAACUUGCCCGAUGCACAACCCAGCGGGCCCGACCAAGGGUCGCAGGGACUACUGUCAUUUUGAGCAGCGGUACAUUCGCCCUGCCUUCUUGCAGCGGAUCAUGGGUGCCAAGGACCGCAACCAUGAAGAUGUCAAGUUCAGCUACCUCGCCGUGCAGCGGGGCAUGGACAUUCGUCAAGAACGGGGUAUCGUCCAGGGCCCUGAAGCAACAGAUGCUGCCUUCGAAGGCUUUGAGCAUCUCGACGAGUCUGACAGCUCAGUCCCCGAUCCACUCUCCCUCCCUCGUGCCGUCUACCCGCCCCUCAAGCGCCGCGGGCACGUCAUUUUCGACCUCUGCACCCCGGCUGGCAAGAUCGAGCGCUGGACCGUCCCGCGUUCCUUUAGCCGUCAGGCCUAUCGUGAUGCACGAAAGUCCAACUGGGGCGAUCUGUGGGCUUUGGGUGCCAAGACCCGAAUUCCUCGCAAGCUUAAUCUAGGUGAUAAGCACGGCGAAGGCAAGAAAGAACGCCUUGCUCGACGAGCGGCUGCCAAGGCCGAAUCGCGUGAAGCGGAUGAAGAGGGUGAUUUCGACGAACUCGAUCCCGAGGAGGACGAUGCUGCCGAUGAGAUCGCUGACGAGGGACAUGAUCGUUCAGGUCUCCCUCGGACACCAGCUCGCAAGAAGGGACAGAAUAUCCCGAGUUGGAAGAAGCAUGCGGAUAAGAAGAAGCUUCGACAGGCCGUGAAGAGACGAGAUGCAGCAGACGAUGCUCUGUAG